AUCUUUCCCUCCACUCUGCUCCUCCCCUCUUCCCUCUCGGCAUCUCUCCCACGCUCCAGAGCUCAGCCUUCAGCUCCCCGUAUCCUCCCUAAAUUCUCCCGAGUUCCAGCCUGUUUUUGUGAGAGUGUGCAUAUGUGCAUUGAAGCCUGCGCGUGUGUGUGCGAGUACUUGACGCUGUGCUCAGUACUCUCUCUCUCUCUCUCUCUCUCUCUCUCUCUCUCUCUCUCUCUCCGUCCCUGCAGCUGAGGUGGGCGCGUGGAGCCUCUGACCCUCUCUCGCCCACUCCUUAUCUGCCUCUCUCUCUUUGCUGCAGCUACAGGGGGGCUAUGGAUGGACUGCGUUUACCUCCACUCAUCGAGGAGGCUUUGGACUCUACAGAUGACCCGUGCGAUCUGAAAGCAGAGUGCAGCCCCACCAUGGACAACAACAUCACAGCGAAGGAGAGAGGCGUGCUGGAGGAGAACAACGAGAAGGAGGAGAUGGACCAGGAGAGAGCUCAGGAGGAGGAGGAGGAGGAAGAGAAGAAGCUGAAGGAGGAGGAAGGCGAGGGGGAGGAGAAUAUGAAGAACGAGCAGGAGCCGCUGACAGAGGAGCAGGAGCUGGAUGAGCUGAGGGCCCAGGUGCUGGAGCUGCUGCUGGAGCUGGACGAUGCCAGAGAGACCUCCAACAAACACCAGGAGGGCUUCCAUGAGCUGCAAGGUCUGUUGGAGGAUGAGCGUCUGGCAAGUGCCCAUCAAGCUGAAGCCUUCACACGACAGAUCCAGAAUCUACAAGCCCAGCUGCGUUCUGUGCAGGAGGAGAUGGACAGCCUGGAGGAGGAGAAGGAGAGCGAGCUGGCCGAGGCCCAGGAGGAGCUGCGUGUCGCUCAGGAGGAGGUGUUCCUGCUCCAACAGGCGGCAGAGGAGGCGGGGGCAGAGAGGGAGAACGACAUCGCCUCGCUGCAGGAGGAGCUGUGUCGCCGGCGGGUCGAGCUGCAGCGCCUCAGCGAGGAGACCCAGGAGUACGAGCUGGAGAUCACCACGCUGAGGGCCGAGAUCGGCAUGAAGAGCCAGCGCAGGGAGGCCGAGAGGAGAGAGGGUGACGUGGACCUGCUGAAGGAGGAGUGCCGUACGCUGAAGGAGGAGUGUCAGACCCUGAAGGAGGACAACAGACGCCUCACUGAGAGGCUGCAGCUGCUGCAGAGACAGAGGACAUGCUCCAGUGUCUACCUGUCACUGAAAGAGGAAGACGUAGAGGAGGGCACAGAGGGGAAGGAGAUGGCGACUGGCUCAGAUGAGGUCAUGACAGAGAGCUACAUGACCAUGGCCAAGUCUGGGAACUGUCGCCUGGUGGACGCCUCCAUCCAGAAGAAUAUUUCAUUUGAUGGGAAGCCCGUAACACCAAGCGGCUGGAACGGAGGCAUCGGGGAGAUUUUCUCCCUGAGGGAGCAGCUCAAACAGGCUGAGGAGAAGGCCUCACAGGUGCAGAGAGAGUGUAACGGUCUGAAGGUGGAGCUGCAGGAGCUGCAGGUACUGUAUGACAGCAGUCAGAGGGAGAGAGCAGAGCUGGAGGAGGAGCUGCAGCGCUGCAAGGCAGAGCUGGAGAAGCUAUCAGGGGGGGCUCAGGGGAGUGAGGUAGGUUGGAACUCCAUUUUGACUAUCACUGCAGCCACAGCAGUGCUAGUAAUGAUGACGAGCUUGUUGAGAGCUCUCGUCCGAUGUUGAUUGGAUGGGCAACAACUGCACAGGGACAGAGGUCUGCUUCAGACUCGCCCUCGCUCUUCUCCUGCCAUGUCUACAGACUCAACUGUAAUUCUCUAAAUGUGCUAGAGCUGACAGCUGUGUAGUAGAAAAUGUAUGGGAUGUCAUGUCGCCAAAUGAGAAGGUACUACCUGCACCGAGAACGACUGCGCUCAGUCUCAUGCGAGAUUGAAGAUGAUGAUGAGCUGACCUGCAGAGAGCCCACAUGAGGACUGAUCUCACUCCACUAAAUGUAUGCUAGUGCUGUGUCACUCCUCCUCUGUGUCUGUGAAUUUCAUUUUUCUCUCUUUUAGCAAACAAUGUGAUAAAAAAAUAGAAUUAAGAUUUUGAUUGUUAAUGUGCACCUAAUGGUUUUCCAUUAAUUUAACCUUUAUUUAUUUAUUUGUUUGUUUAAGUAUUGUUCAUAGUUGUCUCUGAUAAUAUUGACAAACAUGGAGUCUGGACAUGUAAUGCACUGAAAUGUACACAUGCCGUUUAAAUGUAAUUGUUAAGUUAUGCUAAGUUGACUAUUAAUUACUUGUUGCUUUCCCCCCCCAAAUACUGAAUGCAAUAAAUUCGACAUUCUGCAAAACUGGAUUUCUAAGCCUAGCUUAAAAGGCUUAUGUUCAAAUCUUGGUUGGUGAAGCCAGCUCUUCUUCACAGUGUGCAGGCUCUGUCACUUCCGCUUGCCUUACAAUUAAUUGUCUUGUGGACCACGAUGCCAGAAAGUCUGUGGAGUGUUUCUGAUUCAUCUUACCUGCCCACAGCUCACUUUGAAAUUCUGAAAUCUUACACCCACAGCGACGUUGUUACACACACAUUACGGUUUGCUGAAGUUUUCUUACAGCAGAUAUCUCAGCAACUUUGGGAGCCAAUUGCAGAACGAUCAAACUAUAUGAAUAUGUUUAAUGUCUAACAUUUCAAUGUGCAGAAAUAAGCUUUUGUUCCUCUCCAGCAGGAUUUGAACGGCUAGCAUCGUAGUAUUGUUGUUUAGAUUCAUGAGGAUCGCAGGUUGUUCCAGGUACUCAAGUGUGAGAAUGUUGACAGCCGGUGUUUCCUUGUUUACCGACGACACGCUUUAUGUAACAAACUGCAGCUCUGAUAAACACCGGUGGACAUGCGGUCACACUUAGAUUGAAACACUGAUGCGUCUGAAGUAAAACAUCAGGGUGUAGUAGUUGUGAAGGCAUUUUAGAAAUUGAUAUGGUUCCAAAAUAUGUAAAAAGGAAGGUGUCAGAAAAAGUUUUAGCAUUAAUUACAAAAAAAUAUAAAUGUAUAUGUGGAAGGAUUAAUGUUUACAUUUGUGAAACGUUUUUUUUGUUUUGUGAAAAUAUUUUAGAACUGAAAAAAAGCAUGUUAGAAAAACAUAUAGAAGCACAAUAUAUCAUAUACGUUGAUUAUCUUACUUUGUAUUUCAUGUAAAUAUUGAUGACAUAGAGUACUGUGGGAGAGAUGUUUCUUAAUCCAUUUGUACUAGCUUUGUAGAAAGUUUAUUCUAUUUUGAAAGAGCAUCGUAUAUUUGAUAGCCAAAUGAUACGCUGUGUAAAUGUUUAUUUAUGGUGACGUUACUCAGAAGAACAGCUAGCAUUGCUAAUCAUUUUCAGUACCUCUCCGUUCGAAGGUGGUGUAGUCAUUGCAUGCGUUUAGAUUGCAUUUGACCUUAGUUGCUAUGAGCAAUAUGACUCGUUAAUUUCAGAAAUUUUCUGAAACAUUUGUCAUUAAGCAGAACCUCGAUAAUCAAUGCCUGACCUGUUAUGUCUGCAUAUGAAAACAUACUAUGGAAAUGAUCUGCCGCUGGACUGCCAAUGUUGUCACUGUCUAUUUACAUAAUGAUCAGUUUGCAAUAUAAAUUAGAUUCCCAUUGACUGCAAUGGUACAUAUGACUCGUCUGAGUUUAAUUAUUUUUCCUUUUUUCAGGACUAUCAAUGUCAUCAUAGAUUAACAAGCUUCUAUACUGCUUAGUGUUUCUCAGCUUCUUGUUGCUUGUUUGAUUGUUUUCAAUACAGUGGUGGCUAUUUUGUUACCUGGAGGUCUAUUUUGUACUGCAAAUGACAAAUGAGAAAAUAAAUAUAUCUACCCCAAA